AGAUUGUUCUAUAAGUCAUUCAAACCGUUACAAAAAUAAGUCGUUAAAAUUUAAAAUGUUUCAGAAGCUGUUGUGAGUUGUGUUAUUUGUGAAUAUUUAUAAUAACAAUAAAAAACGAAAAUGUCUGAUGCUCUGGUAGAGCCUUUCAAAACGCCUCUUUCGGCUCUUCAUGUAGCGAGAUGUACAUCAGAUAGUGAAGAAAGUUCAGCCUCAGACUAUGGCUCUUCUACUGGUGGUUCUAACGGUGAACUCACGAUUGUAGCUCUAUACGACGAAUAUAAACGCUUGAUAGAUCAAAAACUAGAGGAUAAAUUCCGUAUGGUGGAAUCUUACCUCAACUUUGCCGAAGAAACAAAGUUGAUGCACCUAGAAUUGAAAAAAGCCCUUACCGAAUGCCAGAGGUUACAAAACGUGUUGAAUGAUAAGGUAUUGGAGAAUACUGAGUUACAAAAAUCUCUCUGCAAUGCCAGAGGCCUGUUGGAUGCAGAGAAGAAAAAAAGGAAACAUGUCGAACAGGAACUUGAGAGUUUGGAGCACAAAAUUGGCGCUUUCUGCAAUGAGUUGACUAGGGAUCAGAGAAAUAAGAUAGCAGACGAAACUAGGGAGCAAAUCAGGAAUCUCCAUUCAGGAAGGUUGAUUUGGAGUGACCUGGAUCGUUUGAGCGCAAUCAGAGAGGUCAACACAACAGGAUCCAUUCUGUCUGACUUCAGUUUCUCAAGAUCAGAAGACGACUUGGAUUCUUCAAGAUCUCUGAGGCCAGGCCGAGAGUGGAACAAACGUCAACCGACUUCAGACAAAAAUGAACCCGCUAAAAAGAAGCGGCGCUCUGGUUCAAAUAAGGUUGUUGAGAUAGGAGAAUCUGAAACCGUGAAAGCUACUACCACUUUAACUUUGUCAAAGAACGGACCAAUUACUGCCACAUCUAUCAUCGAAUCAGUCCCGAAAACAGAGGAAGCUAACCUAGCUCCUCCUAAUUUGGUGUUUGAAUCAUGGGCUCGUCAAGAAAAUAAUUACAACACUCCAAACCAAGAAAGAAACAACAUUUUGCGCCAACACUGUUUCAUGCAAAAGACUGUUGUGAUGCCUGAAAAUUGCUCAGCUUGUGAGAAAAGGGUACGAUUCGGAAGAUCUGCAAUAAAAUGUAAAGAAUGCAAGUCCUUGUGUCACAUAGAAUGUAAGGAUUUGUUACCUUUGCCUUGCGUUCCUGUCAUGAAUACUCCUAGUUCCAAGAAAGUUACUGGAACAAUAGCAGAUUAUACGCCUAUGACUCCUCCAAUGGUGCCUUCAUUGAUUAUACAUUGUGUUACAGAAGUUGAGCUUAGGGGAUUGAACGAACUUGGAAUCUACAGAAUCCCAGGGUCUGAAAGGGAUGUUAAGGGGCUCAAGGAAAAAUUCUUGACUGGCCGAACGACCCCAUCUGUGAAAGAAUUAGAUAUACAUGUCAUAUGUGGCUGCAUCAAAGACUUUCUGCGUUUGCUCAAGGAACCGUUGAUCACCUAUGCUAGAUGGAAUGAUUUCAUCCAGGCAGUAAGGGCUAAAGAUCCACAAGACAUCGAACCGGCUCUAUAUGAAAUUAUCUCGCAACUGCCUCAACCUAACCGUGACACUUUAGCGUAUAUGAUCCUUCAUUUGAAGAAGGUAUCAGAAUCGCCCGAGUGUAAAAUGCCAUCGACCAAUUUGGCCAAGGUAUUUGCUCCUACCAUUGUGGGGUAUUCUUCAGAUGAACCUGAUCCAAAUAAAUUAAUUGAAGAAACUAAACUUAUCAUGAAGGUGAUGAGCCACCUGAUUGAUCUACCUUCGGAUUAUUGGUCGUCUUUUGUGAAUGUUUCUUCAGUCCCCUCGUCUGGUAAACUGCAGCAGACCCCUAGUACGGACUCGCUUUUGAGGCCUACAUCCCAUAGGAUUUUCACCUCGGGCAGCAGAUCGGAAUUGAGCAGGUUCAAAAGAAAACGUGAGGGUAGGGUAUUUAAUACCCCUCCGACAUAUAAGUAACCGUUUUUUCGAAUUUUUUUGUUCAUGUCUAUACUUUUAUGUUUUGUUCAGUAUUUUACGGUGUUUGAACUACUAUGGUUUCAAAGACGCUUUUUUGUAUGAUAAAAAUUAUGAUUUGUUUAAAUAGUCAUAUUUCCCAGAUGCAUCUGACUAUGUAAAUCACUACUUAAUAUUUUGUUUUUUUUAUGUGCUUUUAAUACAUAUUAUUUAUAUUCA